CCCUCCCCCACUCACGGUGCACAAAGACACAAGAUGGAGGCGACUUUACCUGGUUGAGGAAAAGUGCGUGUGUUCAAAUUUAAUGUGACGCGCUCGCUGAAGCUUUUGCUCACGUGUACGAUAAAGUGAUACAAGUAGUUUCGUUGACAAUCGUUGAUAAUCGGAUUACAAUGUUUCUGGCUCUAAUAUUCGUCGCCUUGGUGGCAACAGAGUCCACCAUGGCCAUCUCGGUCCAGUGCCCUUCCAAGAGGUACAUUGUAAUCCUCUUCCAGCCGGUCACGCUCACCUGUAACUUCCAAACUACUGCCAGUCAGCCGCCUGUUAUCACAUGGAGGUACAAAUCAUAUUGCCGAGACCCGAUCCAGGCCGCACUGAAUCCCAGCAGUGCAGAGAACAUCCUGUCCCAGAACAACCCCAAUUAUGACCCUAACAUCGAGUGUGCUGACAGCCAGAGGACAGUGCGCAUUGUGGCCUCCAAGCAAGGCAAUGCUGUUACUUUGGGUACAGAGUACCAGGGCCGCAAGAUCAGCAUCAUAAACAAUGCAGACCUGAAUAUUGCACAGACGGCGUGGGGUGACAGCGGUGUCUACGUCUGUUCUGUGAUCUCGUCCCAAGACCUUACAGGAAACGGUGAAGACUACACAGAGCUAAUUGUUCUAGAGAGAAAGUCAAAUACUUCUGACCUCCUGCCUGGCAUUGACUUACUGGUUAUGGAAGACUGGCUCUUGGUUCUUGUGGUGGUUCUCGGGUUCCUGUUGCUGCUCCUCCUGAUUGGGAUCUGCUGGUGCCAGUGCUGUCCACAUACCUGCUGCUGCUACAUCAGCUGCCCCUGCUGCCCUGACCGCUGCUGCUGCCCUCGAGCACUGUACGAGGCAGGGAAGGCUGUGAAGAAGGGUUUUCCCAAUCAUUAUGCUCCCACUCUGUACGCUCCCAGUAUGUAUGCUCAGCCGGCUUACAGCGGGCAACUCAUGAACCAGCCGUCUAUGCCCCUCCCUCUACCCAAUGGAGUGAGACAACCACCUCCCCAGAAUGGCUACAGUCGUGAUUAUGACGGUGCCAGCUCAGUUGGACAGGGCUCCCAGGUGCCUUUGCUGCACGACCAAGAAGGUGGAGGAGACCACACUCGCAGUGGCUAUCGUAUCCAGGUCGACCCUGAUGGCAAUGCCACACGUGCCAUUUACUACAUGGAGCGGGAGCUGGCUAAUCUGGAUCCGUCCAGACCUGCGAACUUCAACCGCUCGGAUAAUGUCAGUGAAGUCACUUCUCUGCACGACAGACCGGACCCUCGUGGCCGCGGGGGGCGUUCCCAGCCACCACCUUUGGCCACGCUCUAUGACCAGGAUGAAGCGAUGAGCACCAUCAGCAGUGUGUCACAGCAGGGCCGUCACCAUGACGACCGCCCGUGGCGCGGCGGAGGCCACAUGGGUAAUCGUGUACGCGCCCGCUCCAUGGACAACCUCGACGACAUCGGCCGUCGAUAUGACAGAGAUAACUACUCACCCCACCGUCGCCCGGAUGAGCCUCGCGGAAGGAGAGGGUCAGACGACGAGUGGAGCAGCAGCGCCCGAAGCGGCUAUAACCACCACAACGACCGCAGACAGGACAACUCACCCGACAGUCGACGAAGAGGAGAGGGAAGAGCUUACGGUGACCCCCCGGUCAGACGCAGUCACAGCCGCGAUGAUCUGAUGGACAUGGAGAGGGUCCGUCGCUACGGCGGCGGCGCCAGGGCCGGACGAGAAGAUUACGACGACAGCUUCUUGCGUGAGGCUAUAGAGAUGAAGAAGAUGGGCGAGCAGCAGCGGACGCGCAGCCGCGAGGGCCUGGAUAGCACGAGUGACUACUCGGAUAGAGGAAGGGCCCCUCGUGGACCCCCGCCGCUUCCUAUGAACCCUCCCUCUGGAUACCCUGGUCGCCAUGAUGACUACCCACCUCCACCACCUCCGUACAGUGAAGAUGAAAGUGUGUCAUCCGCAAAGAGAAGCAACCUGCGUAAGAACGGAGCGGUCAGUAGGGAGAGCCUGGUCGUGUAACCAUGACAACCAGACCAUUAAUGCAGCUUUGAUUCUCCUAAGAAACAAAGGAGCAGUUGAUUUCAAAAAUUGUUAAUAUUCGUCACACUGGUAAUUUGCUGUGCUUCUUUUUAUAUUCCAUGAUUUACACAAAUGCUAAGAUGUACUUUUUUAUCGAGGGAGAGGUGCACUUAUGAAAUGUUUUUUGUUAAUACAAGAUUAUGGCUGCCGCAAGUGCCUUAGAGUGUACAGAAUUUUACGUAUGAGUAUGAAAGUGAUAAAGAGAUGCUGUGUAAAGAGGUUCAUACAUGUAAACAUUUAAACUGGUUUUGAGCCAGAUGUAGAUUUUGUUGAAGGGGCUUAUGGGUUAUUUUUAGUUUAUUUGACGGGUUUCAUGGAAAAAAAAAGACGUUUUUAUUAUCAGAAACCUGUUGUUUUUAGUCAUGUUGUAGCAAAUAUAUUGAAACUUUGUCUCAGAAAAUGUGUUUUUAAUGACUUAAAAUUGACUUUUACUUUUUUAAACUCUUUUGUUCCAUGUUUAACCUACAGUCAGUAUAAUGUUCAUCCAGGCAGUCGUGUGUUUGUGAUAUGCAGGUGCCAGUUGUGAUGAGAUGAAAUCUUAUUUUACAAUAAAGGCCUUCCUUUGCCAGGA